UGUUCUAUAUUUGUAAUUUCUAGAUUGCAAGAAGACCCUCCUGUGGGUGUCAGUGGUGCACCAUCUGAGAAUAAUAUAAUGCAGUGGAAUGCAGUUAUAUUUGGGCCAGAAGGGACACCUUUUGAAGAUGGUACUUUUAAACUAGUAAUAGAAUUUUCAGAAGAAUAUCCAAACAAACCUCCAACUGUUAGGUUUUUAUCAAAAAUGUUCCAUCCAAACGUUUACGCGGAUGGCAGCAUAUGUUUAGAUAUUCUUCAGAAUCGGUGGAGCCCAACAUACGACGUUUCAUCUAUUUUAACUUCAAUUCAGUCUCUGCUUGAUGAACCUAAUCCAAACAGUCCAGCAAACAGUCAGGCAGCACAGCUUUAUCAGGAGAACAAACGUGAAUAUGAGAAAAGAGUUUCAGCUAUUGUCGAACAAAGUUGGAAUGAUUCGUAACAGCUGCUUUGUUACUCUCCAUCCUCGUAAUCAUUAUGUACAAUUUAACUCUCAGUAGAAAGGCUACCAAGAAUUUCAAGUGCCACAGCUCUAAGAAUUUGCAUAAAAACUCAUUUGCAAACAGAAUUAAGCCCUCCAGUUUAGGAAACUUAAAAGCUUGUGUAUCUUGAUUAACGUACUUCUUAUUGCAUGGUAUGAACUAAGUUAUUGCUACAUAAAUUUGUAAUAUAUCCUGUUUGUAUUUUUUUUCCAAGUGUAUAAUGUUGGUGUGGAGUUUUCAUGACAGAAUAUACACAUUUUGUAAAUCUGUACUUUUUCAAAUACUGAAUGCCUUAUUUUUGAAUUCUUUAGAUUUUUAAAUUGGAGAAAAGCACUUAACAAAGUUUUUAUAUAUAAAUAUUUCAUGUAAAACUGUUAAAUACAUAACCUCAGUGCAAGACA